GUAGGCUUGGUGACCACCACCCUUCUCCUCUUCUCUCUUGUAAGCUUGGUGGCCACCUCCCUUCUCUUCCUCUCUUUUACCGGCCUGGUGUCCUCCUGCAGCGUGUUCCUCUCGCCUGUAAGCCUGGUGGCCGCCACCCUUCUCUUGCUCGCGCUUAUAGGCUUGGUGACCUCCACCCUUCUCCUCUUCCCUUUUAUAAGCUUGAUGGCCGCCUCCCUUCUCUUCUUCCCUCUUGUAGGCUUGGUGACCACCACCCUUCUGGUCCUCUCGCUUAUAGGCUUGGUGGCCACCUCCUUUCUCUUCUUCUCUCUUAUAGGCCUGGUGACCGCCACCUUUCUCUUCCUCCCUCUUGUAUGCUUGGUGACCGCCUCCCUUCUCUUCUUCUCUCUUGUAAGCCUGGUGGCCUCCCCCCUUCUCCUCCUCUCUUUUAUACGCCUGGUGACCACCACCCUUCUCUUCUUCCCUCUUGUAGGCUUGGUGGCCGCCGCCUUUCUCUUGCUCUCUCUUAUAAGCUUGGUGGCCGCCUCCCUUCUCUUCCUCCCGUUUAUAGGCUUGGUGGCCGCCGCCCUUCUCUUCUUCUCUCUUACCAGCCUGGUGGCCUCCUAUGGCGUGCUCCUCUCUCUUAUAGGCUUGGUGACCGCCUCCCUUCUCGAUGUCUCGUGGGUAGGCUGGGGCGGUUUCCCGUGCAUAUGGUGGUGCCGCAAGUGCCAAAGCUGGCAGAAGGGCGAUGAGGACUGAGGCACGCAUUUUGAAUGUGGUGCUUGAUAGUUCAGUUUUUGGAUUGGAAGAUAUAGAAGAGGUGGAAGAUAUAGAAGAUUGAUUGAUGUCUGAAG